AUGGCGAGCGUCAGUGCCUCGUCGGCCUCGAGCGCCGAGUCUGGGACGGAAGACUCGGCCAGCGGCAACCACGCCGCUGGCAGCGCGGAGGCUGCCAACGUGGCCGCAGACGAGGGCAGCAAUGCCAGCAACGGGUUCCCCAACGGUGACUAUGUCACCAGAAUGCUUGCCCGCCUGUCCGCCGCACGUCGCAACAGCCUCGAAACGGAGGCAACGUCGUUUGAUGAGGCUCUCGCCCGGGGCAUCGCGCCCAUUGCCCAUCAUCCGGCCAGGAGCCCGAAUCCCCUCCGCGCCCCCGUGCCUUCGUUGGCGAGCGUGUCCCGGCCGGUGUCACUGGGGGAGGCACCGAUGCCAGCAAUUGCGGCCGUCAGGGUCGAUACCUUGAGCACUGUCUUGUUCGGCAAGGAUCCCAAAUUUGGCGCAACUGCGCAUGCAAUCUUCAACAUCACCGCCGUCCCGCAAAAUGCCUCAAUGACGGAUGAGUCUGGGGCUGACGCCGAGCAACCACCGGCGCCAUAUCUUCUGGCAGACAACUACCCUGGCUGCUUGGUCGAUCUUGAAAUGCAAACGUACAUAUCGGGGCCAGGAGUCAAGCUUGCCGAAAUGGGAUCUCUGACGCGGAGAAGCUUGCGUCCAGGUGAUCAGUGGGUCAACAUCGUCUACCUUGGCGUCAAAGAGACCAGUUUGGCUUCUAGAUUGUCUACUUCUGUCCGAUCCAGAGGAAUUAAGGGUUCAACCAAUUCUCACAACAAAUCGACAUCACUUUCCCUUAUUGAUCAGUGGCUCGACGUCCUUAAAAUGGACAACGGAAAGAAGAACGAAGCUGUUAUUGUCACAGCUGUCAUCAAACACCGCCAUACUUUCAUGCCCGCAGAUACGUGGCUCGAAACGCGCACUUCUUGCCCUCUAAACCUGUCUCCAAAGUACGACCGCGAGGCUGAAGUGAGAGAAGCCCGGAAAGGCAAAGCUAGAGCCCGCGACUUAGAAGAGAUUUACACUCCGGAGACAGCCAGUGACCUGUCUGAUGCUUUUCGACAUGCCUUUGUUAGUGGCGUGAUUGUUCCUGCUCUUGAUCCAGGUGGUGAAAAUGUCCAACUGCAAAGCACUCAAGGUGUCCGUGGACCUGACCAGCUAUCCAUUCGUCCAGUGGAUGCGCUGAGACUGCUCCAACAUGUUCGCGAGACAAUGGGAUUUGACCCUAACGACUGCACCAAUGCUGAUCUGCUUGCACUGAAUGAUUACUACCACGGCAUCCUUACCAAGGAACCUCGCGCCGCUGAGAGAAAUACUCUUGUUCGCUCUGUUCGUCAUCGCGCACAAACCCUAGUCAAGAAGUUGUCGCCAAAAAAGCUGGCGAUGAAGUCAACUUUCGCGCACCCCGCUCUCACCUCACCUCUGCCGACGACCCCGUAUAUGGCACGACAGGCGCCAAGUGGUCAUGUCGUGGGAAAGACAUCAGAAAGUGAAGGAAUUUCAAGAACAAGAAGCACAAUAGAAGACGAAGAAGCUGCCUGCGCAGAUUUUACUAAGGGUCGACCGGGAACACCAAUUCCUCCGAUGUAG